CGGUUCAUUUACCGUCGCAUUUAAGCAGACAUUGGAGAGUGGGAGGUGCCUUGUGCUUUAAAGUCUCUGGAGGAAGAAAAUCGUUCAGCAGUUUUCGUACUGCAUGGUAACUCGUUACAUGGUCACGCCACACAAGAGAACUCACAAUGAGACACUUGCACCGAGGAAAAGGCUUGAUUAUUCUAAUACUAGGUACUGUCCUCGGACUACUCAUGACCACUUAUGGCCCCAUUUCAGUCAGGUUCUUGGAAGGAUUGAUCCCUAUGGAUGUGUGUCCAUUACCUUAUGGCAAGAAACUCUGGAAUGGAACAGACGGCUUUCUGGAUCUCUGGGCCAGGACGGAUGUCCAGACGUGCACGUACUGGGGGGCCCCCAUAAUUUGGGAAGGGAUGUUUGACCCCAUCGUGUUUGACCAGCUGCACAAGGAGACGAGCACCAGAGUGGCACUGACCGUGUUCGCAGUAGGAAGGUAUCUGGAUGCCUACCUUUUGCCUUUCCUGAUGUCUGCAGAGCAGUACUUCAUGGUGGGUCUACCUGUGACAUAUUACGUGUUUACAGACUAUCCAGAGAAGAUUCCUAGUCUCAAGCUGGGCAGGGGGAGGACUCUUGAGGUCAUUAAGGUCGCCAAGGAGAAUCGCUGGCAGGAUGUGUCCAUGAUGCGCAUGAAGACCAUCACUGAUGCUAUUGACGGCCACAUCCAUCACCAAUGUGAAUAUGUCUUCUGCUUUGACGUGGACCAGAUUUUUAGUGGCCGAUUUGGCUCAGAAGCUCUUGGCGAUUCAGUGGCUCUACUUCACUCUUUCUACUACCACAGACCCAAAAUGUUCUACACCUAUGACCGCAACCCCAAGUCAGAGGCCUACAUGGAUAAAGGGGAUUUCUAUUACCAUGCUGCCGUUUUUGGCGGCCGGUGGCAGGAAGUGAGAAACUUGACUGAAGCGUGCUACCAGGGCAUCAUGAGGGACAAGGAGAAUGAGGUGGAAGCCUUGUGGCACGACGAAAGCCACCUGAACAAGUAUUUGUGGCUCCACAAGCCAACAAAGGUGCUCUCCCCCGAGUACUGCUGGGCAAUGUUCAUCGGCCACCGCAACGACAUACACGUCCACCGCCUGCUUUGGGCCAAAAAACAAUACAACACACUCAGGAACUGAGCAGUGUGGCACCUGGAAGACUUGUGCAAAUACCACAUGACUCAAAGUCACUUAAGUUCAGAAGGCGUAACGUCUUUGUGCUCUCUCUGCAGCGUUAUUGUUCGUUUCUGUAUGUUCUGAACAUGCCAUGAAUAUCAGGUCUCGAGUUAUGCACGUUGUGCAUAAUAUAUACCAAAGACCUCCUGUAUCUUCUGUGAGUGUUUAUUCAUGCAUAACCUAGAAGAAGGUGAGGAGAACCCAAUUCAAGUAUUUGCCCUUUGGGUUUAGUUCUCUGUGAAGGUCACAAAGAAAGCAAAACCACUUGUCGUGAACCGGAAGCCCUGGUGCUAAUAAGUUGAUUUCAAGUUAAAGUAAAAUUAAAAAUGCACUAUAGUCCAUCCCGAAAGGGUACGACAAGGGUUUACUGUAAAUUCAUAAAUACCACAGCUCUGCUUGCUGCUUUGGACGGGAGAUGGAAUGGUGUACAUUGGAAUUUACUUGAUUCCUAAACUGCUUUUAUGUACGUCUUUGCUGUCAUGUACACAUGUAAGCAUGAUGAUAGCUGCACGUUCAACUUUCACAUUGUGCAAACAUUAAACAUUGAGUGCCUUGAAUAUUUCACAUUCAGAGCUGUCCACAGUCCAAAUGUAUGUUUGUUUUGUGUUUUUAUUAAAGAUGAUUUUUUGCAUUACA